AGUGGUAGGUGUUGCAUGCUUUGAAAUGUCAAUUAUUAAAAUAUGAUGCAAGUUAGUUAGAUUACUGUAAUUUGCAAGCCCACUGUCUAUAAAGUGCAAAUGAGCAUGUUAACACAAUCCUGCAGAACACACUGAACUCUCUGUUCUAUUUUUCUCAUACUAUGGAUUUCUUGAUUUAUGUAUAUUUGCUUCCUCUGUUCUAUGUCAUAUUUCAGUUAUGCAGACUAAUUUUCCAGUGGAGAGACAAGUGUUGCUACAUGCUGGACUAUGAAUGCUACAAACCACCUGAGGAAAGGAGGCUGGCUACUCAAAAAUGUGCUCAGAUUGUGCUUCGCAACAAGAAUCUUGGCCUUGAAGAGUACAGAUUUCUGUUGAGGACUAUUGUGAAUUCGGGUAUCGGGGAAGAAACUUAUGGCCCAAGAAACAUUGUCUUGGAGAACCUAGAGGAAAGGCCUAGGCUUUCUCAUUCUUUGUCAGAUAUGGAUGAGCUUUGCUUUGAUACUCUAGACAGUCUCUUUGCUAGAUCGACGAUACCUCCUUCUGAAAUUGACAUUCUUGUGGUGAAUGUUUCCUUGCUGUCACCAAUGCCAUCACUGACAGCACGAAUUGUGAAUCGGUACAAGAUGAAACCGGAUGUUAAGACGUUUAAUCUUUGCGGUAUGGGGUGCAGUGCAAGCAUUGUCGCGAUUGAUCUUGUGCAACAUUUGUUUAAAAUUCAUAAGAAUGCAAAUGCUAUUGUUGUGAGCACAGAGUCCAUGGCGGCUAAUUGGUACUGUGGACAGGAGAGAUCGAUGAUGCUGUCCAAUUGUCUGUUUCGGUCUGGUGGUUGUUCCAUGCUUUUUUCAAACAACACGAGCUUUAAAAAGCAGGCAAUAUUGAAGUUGAAGUGCAUGAUCCGUACUCAUACCGGCUCGGAUGAUGAGGCUUAUGGAUGUUGCAUCCAAGAUGAAGAUGGUCUUGGAUACAGAGGCUUUCGGCUCACUAAAGCCCUUACUAAGGUUGGCGUUCAUGCAUUAACCAAGAACCUCCAAAUUCUUGUGCCUAAAGUCUUACCAAUGAAAGAAUUACUCCGAUAUGUAAUCGUGUCAUCGCCAUUUUGGAGAAAAUCUAAAAGUACUGAGCAGCUUGGAGGGUUGAAUCUGAAAAGUGGUAUUGACCACUUCUGUAUUCACCCUGGUGGAAGAGCUGUAAUUGAAGGAGUUGGAAAGAGUCUAGGGCUCAAAGAAUACGACAUUGAACCUGCCCGAAUGGCACUCCACAGAUUCGGUAACACCUCUGCAGGUGGCUUGUGGUAUGUUUUAGGUUACAUGGAGGCCAAAAAAAGGCUGAAAAAAGGUGAUAAAAUUUUAAUGAUCAGUCUUGGUGCUGGAUUUAAGUGCAACAACUGUGUGUGGGAGGUGGUGAGGGACUUGGACAAUGGUAAUGUGUGGAAAGAUUGCAUCGAUAACUACCCUCCCGAAAACAUUAUCAAUCCUUUUGCCGAAAGGUAUGGCUGGAUCAAUGACAAGAAUCUUGAUACAAUGGCUGUUGAUGAGAUCAGAGACCAGUUCAAGCAUCUGAUCUAGUACUGGAUUAUUUAAUCUAUAUGCAAUCAUUUGAUUAUUUGUAUCUUCUUUAAAGUUGUGUCAUGUGUGUACGUCCAAUAGUCUGCAUAUCAGUAAUUGUAUCCAGAAGAAAAGGAAAGGUCAUGUAUACAUGCAGGCCAGAAUGCCUCAUAUAUAAUGUUUCUUUAUAAGGAUUUAUCCAAAUAUUUGAACAUUUUAUAAAUAUAUGAAAGUAUUAAUUAUUCUC